AGGACACUUUUCACCGACGGAGGACACCAAGAUGGCGGCCUCCUUACGGUUGGGACGUCAAGGGAUUUUAAUCGGGUUAAGAUUGGGUAUAAUUAAAAAAUGUUCGUGGACACCACAGUCGGGUUGUGGACAUUUGAGGCACUUUUUUCAGACCCCAGCCUUCCUUGGGGCACCCCCACUUAAGGUCCAGAUGCCUGCCCUCUCGCCCACCAUGGAGGAGGGCAACAUUGUAAAGUGGCUGAAAAAGGAAGGUGAGGCUGUGGCCGCCGGGGACGCCCUCUGCGAAAUUGAGACCGACAAGGCUGUGGUCAUCAUGGAGUCUAAUGAUGACGGCAUCAUGGCCAAGAUUCUGAUGGAGGAAGGGAGCCGUGGCGUUCGCCUGGGUACGCUCAUUGCCCUCAUGGUGGAGGAGGGUGAGGACUGGACACAGGUGGAGAUCUCAACUAUGGAGAGCACUCCUCCCACCCCAACAUCCGCCACCACAGCCCCGCCCCCUCCAGCCGCACCACCAUUCCUGGCUCCAGCCCCUCCCCCUCUGGCUACACCCAGCACAAAGACCCCUGGAGAACUACGCCUCAGCCCAGCUGCCCGACACAUCCUGGACACACACGGCCUGGACCCCCUCCUGGCCACACCCACUGGACCCCGCGGCCUCAUCACCAAGGAAGACGCCCUGAAACUGCUGAAGAAAGCUGACACCGAGGGACUUUCUGCUGUCUUGCCGGUCUCUGUUCCUUCCCCUGCCCCUGCCACUGCAGCUCCCAUGCAGGCUUCCACACCACCCACUCCCCCGGCUUCUGGACGGCCUAUGCACCCUCCAGUCUCAGUACCUGGGAAGCCAGGCGCUCCGGGCACCUUCACUGAAGUCCCCGCCUCCAACAUGCGACGCGUCAUUGCCCAGAGGCUCACGCAGUCCAAGACCACCAUCCCCCACGCCUAUGCCACUGUCGAAUGUGACCUGGGUGCCAUCAUGAAGCUGCGCAGAGACCUGGCCAAAGACGAGAUCAAGGUUUCUGUCAACGAUUUCAUCAUCAAGGCAGCAGCAGUGACACUGAAAGAGCUGCCCGAAGUGAAUGUGACUUGGGCGGAUGAGGGGCCACAAGCGCUGGACUCGAUCCACAUCUCCAUUGCUGUGGCAACUGACCGGGGCCUCAUCACUCCCAUCAUUAAGGACGCAGCCAGCAAGGGGGUACAGGAGAUCUCUGCCAAUGCUAAGGCGCUCGCCCAGAAGGCCAGAGAUGGGAAGCUGCUGCCUGAGGAGUACCAGGGCGGCUCCUUCAGCAUCUCAAACCUGGGCAUGUUUGGCAUCAGUGGCUUCAGUGCCGUCAUCAACCCCCCCCAGGCCUGCAUCCUGGCCGUGGGGCGCUCUCGGACAGAGCUCCGCCCCUCUGACAACUCCGGAGAUGGCCCUGCCCUCUGCAGACAGGAACUGAUGACUGUCACCAUGUCCAGUGAUGGGCGUCUUGUGGAUGAUGAGCUGGCCUCCCGUUUCCUGGACAAGUUUCGGGCCAACCUAGAGAAGCCACAGCGCAUGGCACUGGUGUAGCGCAGGGAGAGAGAGGGGAAGGGAUUGAGAAAAGGAGAAUGAAGAGGAGGAGAAACUUGGGGGGGAGGGGGAAGGGGCAGAGUCCAGGCAGAGGGUGCACAGGUCUGUUCAGUUCACCUCAUUCCAGACCCAGCUGUUCUUAAACUCUCAUAGAUGUGCUCUCAUAUAUCAUUUUAUUUGCCAUUUUUCACCAUUUUAAUCCUGCCACCAUCCUCAGUAUUUAGUGCUUUGCAAAAGUAUUCACCCUUGACAGAUUCUCACAUUUUACUGAAUUACAGAUGAUACUGUAUAUUUGAAUAUGCAAUGUUUUCCGAACUACAAUGUAAUCUUUCCAGUAGACUACAUUUAUUUCUAUGUAAUCUAAGAGAUUCCUUAGAGAUCCCUUUUGUCCAUCUUAUACCCUGCACUUUUCCCUUAAAAGUGUGUGGAUGUGCCCUGAAAACACUCUCAUUACAUUACACUCAAGUCCCUGAUAAAUAUUAUGAUGGCUCUAUGUGCUUGGCAGUAGUGCUAUGCCUUUGGCCUGUCCCAUGACAUUCUGCUGGUUGGACUCAAAAAAAUUCUACUGAGACACUGAAAGAAUGUUGGUGUGUUCAAAUUGUGUACAAUUCCUUCCCGUUGUCUUUGUUCUAAGUUAUUG